UACACAGCAUCAGGCUAUGGUUUCUACAGCGCACCGGAUAUACGGAAAAAUGUUUCAGUGCUGCAUACGCUGAAAACCGAAGCAUCACCUCUUCAAUGGCUGAAUGAUGCUGAGUUUGUGUCCUCAUCUUGGGUUCAAGAAAGUGUAAAUUCUACAUUUGGAGAUGACGAUAAAAUCUACUACUUCUUCAAUGAACAAGUCAAAGAAGAAAGUUCUGAGUUUCUAGCCAACACCAAAGUUGCAAGAGUAGCUCGGGUGUGCAAGAGUGACAUGGGAGGGAAGAAGAUCUUGCAGAGGAAAUGGACUUCAUUCUUGAAGGCACGAUUAGCCUGCUUCAUGCCAUACUACGAAACAUUAAAGAGUGCAUACACCCUAGAGGUGGGGAGCUGGAAUACAACAAUCUUCUAUGGAGCCUUUAUUUUACAGUGGAGAAACAUGGAAGCCUCAGCAGUCUGCCGGUAUAGCAUAACAGAUAUUCAUGAUGUGUUUGAGGGCGAUUACAUGGAAUAUCAAGAUCUUUUGCGGAAAUGGUCAAGAUAUCAAGGGGAUCCACCAAGGCCAAGACCAGGUUCUUGCAUUACAAAUGAACUGCGAAACAGCAAUUACACCACUUCUCAGGAUAUCCCCAAUAAUGUCCUGGAUUUUGUGAAACUCCAUCCUCUCAUGGCUGAGGCCGUAAAGUCUAUUGACAAGCAACCAGUUCUCAUGAAGAAGAACAUCAUUUAUACCCAGAUUGCAGCAGACAGAGUCACAGCUCUGGAUAAGGAACAAUACGAUGUCCUUUUUCUUGGCACAGAUAAUGGUUGGAUUCAUAAGGCAGUAGUUAUCAAAUCCCAAGUUCAUAUCAUAGAGGAGAUCCAGAUCUUCAAAAAGCCACAGCCAGUAGAGACAUUGGUUAUCUCCAAGAAACAGAAUAGUUUGUAUAUUGGAGCACAGAGUGGAGUCCUGCAGUUACCACUUUCUGGAUGUAGCCGAAGCAGCUCAUGCUAUGACUGUAUCCUCGCCAGGAACCCAUAUUGUGGGUGGGAUGGCAAAGUCUGUCGAGAACCUCGAACAUCACGGGACAGGGUACGGAUGACGCAGGAUAUGCAGAAUGGUAACGGAGGAUGUUUAAACAACACAGACCAGGCUGUUCCAGUGAAGAAAGUGAGAACUGUUUUGAAGGGAGAUGACGUCCUCCUGCAGUGUGACCUUUGGUCAAACCUAGCUAAGCCUCUUUGGCUAGUGAAUGGCACCGACCCACUGGAAGAUGAUGAUGGUCACCUUCGAGUGGGAGUUGAUGGACUCCUCAUCACAGAUGCUCUUUUGGAACACAGCGGUGAAUAUGACUGUUUUUCUGAGGAAAAAGGCUUGCAAUCUAUAGUUGCUUCAUAUAACGUCAAUGUUCUUCUAAAGCUGCCAAAGCCAUCUGAUACUACUCCCAUUAUCCAGUUGCCAACACCAGCACCUCAAUCUUCUUCUAAGCUGGAAUUUGUCUACAUUUCUGUCAUCACAAUUUUGGGUGGACUGUGCUUAGUCCUUUCAAUAGUUCUAUUGUAUGUUUCUUGCCAGCAAAAAAGAAAGGGCAAAUAUGCAAUGAGCAAUUCUCGGAUAACCAGUGUAGAACUUCAGACGGUAUCUUCAAACUUCAAAGACAAGUCUGAGGAACAUAAUUAUUCUGAUGGAUGCCUUCAGAUAAUUCCUGGAGAGGCACCAACUACAUCUCCCACCAAAACAAAUCCUCCACCACCACCACCACCACCUCCUUUACCAUCAGAGUUUACCAAUGGGAUCAGUACCCUGCCUAACAUGCUGAGGAAAAUGAAUGGUAAC